AUGCUGGCAACUCAGGUAGACAAAUCAGACCUCAGGGAAAGUUCUACUAAGUUUGUACAUCAAAUGGAUCAAGUAGAACAAUUGCCCAUCAUCGGAAUAUUCCUCACCCAAUUUGAUGUCAAGAAGGGAAACACUCUUGUGUGGUCUCAAUUGCAACAAUCAAAUGAUACCAAUGAACAAGCUAUAUUUAAAAACAUUGAAUUCAAGACAUUGCCAUCCGGUAUCCAUGAACGGAUGGAUGAUCAUGUGUUUUUCACGAUUCCAAAGGAGAACGAGAAUAACGAGAAUAAUAAUGAUUAUUACUAUGGUGUGAGCUUUUUCAAACAGAAUGGAUUAGAUUUUAUGGGAAUUCACCAGCAAAUUGAUAGGAAGCAAGUAAAAAUGUAUUCCAUUGGUGUCAUUAUCGAUCCCUCAUUGCAAGCAAUGUUUAACCCAUUCCAGAUAUCAUGUCUGGGAAUGUAUUUGAACCCUCUGGAGUCUUUACUAAGUAACUGGAUGGCAGAUGGGAAGGAAAAUGACUUUACUUUACUUGAAGAUUUUUUAAAGGAAUAUGGUGGUGAUAAACCAUUACCCAUUGUCGAAAAUGCAAAAUAUGGAAUGAUUGACGAUCUACCCGUCUGGGUAAAACGAUUUGGUCCGUCGAUCUUUACCAUUUGGAAGCUCUGCCUUUUGAGGAAGAGAAUUAUAAUAAUUAAUCCAGCAGGAAGUUCAAAUUAUGCUUGUAAUUUGCUUUGCUUUUGGAUAUCUUUGUUACAGAAAAUAGCACAUGACAAUAAUAUGAUUCGAACGCUUUAUACAGUGGGGGUUAUGGAUAUAGAUCAUUUGAAACAACUAUCAGAUAAAAAAAUAGGAUUUAUUGCAUGUUCUAAUGACGAAAUAUUAAUAGAAAAGACAGAAUUAUAUGAUUAUGUCAUUAAAUUACCCACAGUAUUCUUUUACAAAAGUGCUGAGAUUAUCAUUGAAACAAAUCAAGGAAAAGCGAUUAAGGCUACUCAGUAUGAAUCCAAUAAAUACGAAGUACUGGUUAGAGAUUGCCUUCACGGAUCAAUUAUAAUACCAGAGACAUACUUACCUGUAGUAGAACCAAUGUCAUGGUUGCAAUUUAUCAUUGACAGCUUAUAUUGGAUUGCAACUGCGGGCACUAUUCAACCACCAUUUGAAUUAAAUUUAGAUGCAACUAAAAUAUUACAAUGGGGUUCAGGAUCACUACCUCCUGAGCACCCUGAUAGGAAAGAUGGAGAACUUGUACUUCUACUUCAAUAUUUCCAUUUUUCCAAAAUUGCACUAUAUAACAAACUAGAGACAAUAUUGGAUGAGAAUGAAUCGUUAGAUUCUGAUAAGCCUGUACAUCUUACGAGAUUUACAUUACAUGAAUUGGGAUUGGAUUGUUUCAGUGGACAAGAUGCAGAUUUUAUUAAGGAAUUGUCCAUAGAAUGGUUUAACAGAGAGGUUUCCAUUAAUUAUUUCAACUUCUACGGCAUGUUUUAUUGA